UCACCGGCAGCCGCGCAGCCAGCGCAGCAACGGCGUCUCCAUCCGCUUCAUGUACGACGACGACCAGGCCGAGCCGCCCGACCAGCGGCUGGCCAAGUACGUCGAGUACACGGGCAGCGACGGGGAGGCGCCGGACGGCCGGCCGCCGGGCAAGAGCGACGGCCGGCGCGCGGGCAAGACGACCCGACGCUCGGACGGCUCGCUCACACACCUGAUCGAGAACAGUCGCGAGUCGGCUUCGGAGCGACGCGACGGCCGCGGCGGCUCCCCCGGCCGCGCUGAUCACAAACGGCCGCAGGGCGAGUGGCGCUCCCACGGCAGCGCGGAGGACCGGGUGGACGCCGGUCACCGCCGCUCGGAGAGGUGGUCGAGCCGCACAGAGACGGUCGCGCGCACCGACCGGCACCGGAAGACGGAUGAGGGCGGGUCUUCCGUCUCCAGCGAGGAAGGCCGCCACCCCCAUUCAUCAUCGACUCGCCACGGAGAACCCUCAUCCAGCCAGGCUGUCCGAGACAGCUCGAGCUCCCCGAAGCCGGCGUCCAAGACCAAGAAGAAGGGCUGGCUGUCGGCGACACUCAGUCGACUGGACCUGAAGUCCAGCAAGUCGGACCGCGCCAAGAAGCGCGCCACAAGCUCUCCCGCGCAGCCGGAGGCCCGACGUUCCCAGUCGCCGACCGGCGGCGGCUCCCGCCAGCAGAGCCCGGAGCCGCGGGACGGCGCGCGUCACGUGGCCGCCGGCCGGCGGCGACGGUCGCGCUCCGGCAGCAGGGACGGACUCGACACCUCGGAGGAGCACAGCGUCACCGCCAGCCGACGCCGGGAGCAGCGCGUCUCCACGGGCCGGCGGGAGACGCGCUCCGAGGUCACGAGGUCUGGGAAGCGGCGAGAGACGCGCGCCGAGGACCGGCGAGAGAGACGCUCCGAGGAGCGGCGAGGGGCGAGCCCCGACGACAAGCGGGAGGUGAGCACCGAGGACAGGAGAGGAAGGCGGUCCGAGGGCCGACGAGAGAGACGCUACGAGGGUCACCGAGAAGGCUCAGAGGAUCCGCGAGAUGGACGCUCCGAGGACCGGAGAGAAGCGAGCUCCGACGACCGGCGGGAGAGACGCUACGAGAGCCGGGAAGUGAGCUCUGAGCACCGGCGGGAGAGACGUUACGAGGACCGUCGCGACAGGCGCUCUGAGGAGCGGCGCGACAGGCGCUCUGAGGAGCGGCGUGACAGGCGCUCUGAGGAGCGGCGCGACAGGCGCUCUGAGGAGCGACGCGACAGGCGCUCUGAGGAGCGGCGCGAGACAAGCUCCGAGGACCGGCGGAGACGAUCUGAGGAACGGCGCGACACACGGCCGGAGGACCAGUGGGAGGGGCGGUCCGGGGACCGACACGCCUCGCGCUCUGAGGAGAGCCGCAGACGCAGCCAUAACGUCACCUCGUCUGGCCGGCGCGAGUCGCACCGCUCCAGCGACAGGGAGGGCCGGUCAGGCGUCUAUGAGGAGGUGCGAGGGCGCGGCGGCCGCACGACCGAGCGUCAUCAGACGUCCAAGACCACGGAGCGACGUCCCGUCUCGCGCAGCACCAGCUUCUCGCGCCGGUACCCGGAGGACGCGGUGGACGGCACCGUGCGGACGGCGCGCAGCGGCGCCGGGCGGCGCACGGCGCGGCUCUCGAGCGACGCGUCGUCGCCGCGCCGCGGCCAACACAGCGUCGCGUCAUCGCUCAACAGCAGCGGCAGCGAGCUCAAGCACCCGCGCGAACGCGAGAUCAACUACGAGAACCGCGGGGGGCAGGCAAACGGACGGCCACCGCGCGCGCCGCAGCGGUCGCCGCAGCGCCGUGACUCCCACGACACGGAACUGACGGAGCCGGCGACCGGCCGCCGCCGCCAGCCCGUUUCGCGCUCAUCCAGCAUGCCCAAGGGCUCGCGCUCGGCCGGCUGGUACCGUGCUGAGGACCGGCCAGCACGCUGA